ACAAAUCACCUCGAAAAUUGAAGAAAUCGAAACCUUGGAUUGAAACCACAAAUCACCGCUGCUCUUUGCCGGAAAUGAUGCGUGCGAUUCAGAAAUUGGAGGGGAAGAGAGGGGCGACGACGGUGGUUCCCCAGGCCACAGUGGUUGACGCCCUCAGCUCCCAAGUCGGCGUCUCUGGUCGAUGUGCAGCGGCGGAUGGAACACCAACGGGAGAGAGAGAGAGAGAGAGAGGCUGCGAGAGGGGAAUGGGGGCCGACGGCGACUUCCCGUCGAGUUUUUUAUUCUCAAUGUUUGAGAUGAAAUUGAGUUGCCAUGGCGGCGUUCGGUCAUGCUUUGGUUGGCGGCUCCCUAUCUUAGGAGGAUCCCACUUCAGGAAGAAAGGCGCUGAGAGGAGGAUUGGGAUGUUGAAAUUGAAAGUUGGACAGCGAUGUAGAGAAGGCUACAUCGCUGUUCCAGAUGUUUCUGGAAACCCAACCUUGGCUCAACAGCGAUGUCUAAAAUCCAACAUCGCUGUUGAAGACUUAACGCCAAACCAUGGUUUCAGCUUCCCAUGCCAGACAGCGCUGUUGGUUACACCAACAUCGCUGUUGGGCUGGUUUAGCCAGCCCCAUGCCAUCCAUCCCGUCAACUUUGAAGUGAAGCCGGUUGAGGUAGUCGGCGAUGGAGGCAAGGUUGGCCCGGGCCUGGGGUUCGGCUGGGCAAGCGGUAGUGGCAGUGCGGCGUGGCGCGGCAGUGGCAGGCGCGGCGUUGUCCGACCGCUUGGUGAAGGUUUGGGCGCUAAUCGUCCAAAGCUUCGUGGACUUUGUGAGCGGGCCAACAGUGGUGGUUACCUUGAACCGUUCAAGGAUGUCCAUCACCACGAACAGGUACGGGAGGAGGUGAUCGUGGUCAGUGGACGCGGCGACCGUCAUGUUGAUCAUGACAAACUUCGCCCAAUUGAUUGGCGCCGUGUGCAUGAUCGCGUGGAGAAGCUUGAGGUCCUCACCGGACAUGAUCGUGUGCCCGUGCUUCCGGGGCUUGAUGAUUCGGGACACGAUGUAGAGGAGGAGACGGCUCUCGGAGUUCGCGGAGUGGAUGGUGGGGCGGCCCGAUGCAUGGCAGAUGAGCUCGGUGAUGCCAAGCUCGUUGAGGAUAAGGCCCUCGUUGUUGAGUACCCAGUCCUCUCCACCAUAGUGGGAGACGUCGUCGCCUUGGUAGGGGAGGCCGGCAAUGCGCCCAAGUUGCUCAAUGGAAAGCUCAAUCGGCGUGCUCUUGACAAGGGAGUAGAGCACGUCGUCCUCACGCCGGAGGUUGGAGUAGAACGCCCGGAUCAGCGCUGGGUUGAUCUCCUUCCAAGCCCGGGAGACAAACGGCCAGAGGCCGGUUUGAUAAAGCUGCGCGUUGAGGUCGUCGUAGCCCUACAACUCCGCGAUGUUAAAAGGUAUACAACGCUGUUGAAAAAGAUUCUGGAAAGUAUGAAGGAAGAGAAAACUCCCUGGGACAGCACUGUUGGUAUAUUGUACAGCGUUGUUGGCUCAGGCUGGUUGACGGUGUUUCCUUCAACAGCGCUGUUGGGUCUCCUGGACAGCGCUGUAGGCAUGGUUCCCCCUGAUUUUAUGAACGGGGUACCUGCAAAAAAGAAAAGAUUAUCGUCGGAAGAUAAGAGAAAGUUAUCAAUGAACGCAAAGGCAAUCAACAUCCUCCAUUGCUCUCUCGGCCCCGAUGAAUUUGCACGAGUAUGCUCAUGCAAAACGGCCAAGGAGGUAUGGGACUUGCUACAAGCUACUCAUGAAGGCGACGUCUCAACUAAGCAAACGAUGAUUGCCCUUGGGAAUUCCGAAUACGAAUCUUUCAAGAAAGGGCCAUGCGAGACGAUCCAAGACAUGAACAAAAGGUUCAAUGAGAUCGUCAAUAAGUUAAAGUCAAGUGAAUCAAGUGAUGAUUCAAGUGACUCAAGCUCUACGGAAGAGUCAAAUGAUGAAGAAGAUGAAGAGAAGGCAAUGAGAAUGAAGUAUACGGAUUUCCUCAAAUGGAAGAAGUAUGUGAAGAGGAAAGAAGUAUACUCAAAGCCGAAAAAAGAACGGCAUAAGCCAAGACGUGGCAUCAAGUACCAAACGGUACCCAAGCCUUCACGGUACGGGGUACCAUCCUCACGGUACCUGGGUACCGGUCCUAUGGUACUGGGGUACCGUCGGAACCAUCUGGGCUCUUCCGGUGGGGCUGUCACGGUAGCUGACUACCGACUGGGCGGGAAUUCUCGUUCGCCACCGGGUCAACCCGCUGCCGGAUUGCUCCUCGCUGUCGGGUGGACGUUGGCGAAUCGCUGGGUCUCGUUGGGAACGCCGGAAAUCGAGAGGGAUCCGCCGGAGAACCGGGUCGGGUAUGCUCUCUGCCGAAUCCCUGAGUCGCCGUGGUCACGGGCUGUGGUCGCCGGGGUUGCUGGGGUCGUUCACCGGAAUAGAGAGCAGUGGCCGGAGCAGAGGUCGAUUGUGUGCUCGCGUCUGCCUGAGCUCAUCGCCAUCACCAUGGUCGCCAGCGUUGGUAUGGUCAGCGUCCCUCGUUGUUGCCUCGUCGCCAGUGUCUUCGCGUGCGGUGAAUCGAAGGAGAGGGAGGCGCUGCUGAAUCGAAGGAAGAAGAAGAAGAGGUGGGCAGCGAUCGAAUUAAGAGACGCGUGAAUAAGACUAGGGUUGUGCAGUCUGUAACUUAAAAUAACGUGUCUGAGUAAAAACACACUUUUUGGACCCACUUGCUCCAAAUUAAGAUUCGUUCGUAUCAUUGGAUUCGAUUCAUCAACCCUAACCCAACGAUAUAACUUUUAUAAUCAAACGACAAACAUUUG